AUUAUAUUAUGUGAUAAAGUAAUUCCACGUAACUUUGUGUUUUUUACCUCCAGGAUCCUAGGGCUUUUUAUCCGUGGCAUUGAGGAGAAUAGCCGGUCUAAGCGGGAUGGACUUUUCCAUGAGAAUGAAUGCAUCGUGAAGAUUAACAACAUAGAUCUUGCAGAUAAAACCUUUGCACAAGCACAAGAUAUUUUCCGCCAAGCAAUGAAAUCACAUAAUAUAAUCUUGGAAGUGGUUCCUCCAUACAACCGCGAACAAUACGAAAAGUCCGUUAUUGCAUCUUUAUAUUCUGCAGACAGUGUUGAGCAUGUUUCAAAGGCAAAGGUUCCACCUCCCAUCCAUUCCAAGCCAGUAACAAAGGCAGCAGACACAUGUGGAAUGAACAACCUCGAAACUGGGGUGCGGACAGUGCUACAUGCUGCCAAAAGUCCCAAUCUUCCAAGACUCAAUAGGAAGCCAUCAUCACCAUCAUUGUCUCCACUGAUGGGAUUUGGCAGUAAGAAAAGUGCAAAGAAGAUAAGGAUAGACCUCAAGAAAGGUCCUGAUGGACUUGGUUUCACUGUAGUUACCAGAGACUCUUCAGUUCAUGGCCCUGGUCCAAUAUUUGUGAAGAAUAUUUUACCACGGGGUGCAGCAAUUAAAGAUGGCCGUUUACAGUCUGGAGAUAGAAUACUGGAGGUGAAUGGUAGAGACAUCACUGGCAGAACCCAGGAGGAGCUGGUAGCUACCCUGAGGAGCACAAAGCAAGGAGAGCAUGUCUGCUUGGUUGUUGCUCGGCAAGAAGAAACCUUUCUGCCCCGAGAGCUGAAAGGAGAGCCCUACUGCAAUGUUCUUUCACUUGAGACGACUGAGCAGUUGACUUUUGAGAUCCCCCUGAAUGACUCCGGUUCAGCUGGACUUGGUGUGAGCUUAAAGGGCAACAAAUCUCGAGAGACAGGGGCUGACCUUGGGAUUUUCAUCAAAUCAAUCAUCCAUGGAGGUGCUGCUUACAAGGAUGGCCGGUUGCGAACAAAUGACCAGCUUCUUGCAGUUAAUGGAGAAUCUUUGCUUGGGAAAUCAAACCAUGAGGCCAUGGAGACCUUGAGACGUUCCAUGUCUAUGGAAGGAAACAUUCGUGGGAUGAUCCAGCUAGUGGUCCUCCGGAGACUGGAUAGGCAAGCGGAAGCGGAGCCUACAGAGCCUGUGGUGUUAUUUUCAAAACCGGAACCUGAAGGGAGUGUUAAUUUUACAACCUUUCCCAGACGUAGCGAUGCUGCUGUACAGUGUUCUGUAUCGUGCUGGCCGCCAGAGAGGUCGACUGAGCUUUGUGCAUCUCAGCGGGGCAUGGCUGGAGAUGAAACCCCACCCCCUUUGCCUCCACAUCCCAGUGAUGAGCUGCUCAUGGAUUAUAAUCAUAGCUCAGUAGCAGAUUCGGCUGCGUAUUCACCCGAUCAGCACAUCAACUUCAGACCGUUGACACUGGCCAAGCAGAUGGAAUCAAUUAAUCUGAAAGCCUCCAAGAGCAUGGAUCUCGUGGCAGAUGAAAGCAAAGUUAGCUUGCUGACAGGACAAAAAAUAGAAUCUCCUGGCAAGGAUGUUGGUCCCACUCUUGGUUUGAAGAAGUCAAGCUCUCUUGAGAGUCUGCAGACUGCUGUGGCUGAAGUGAAAAAGAAUGAGCUUCCUUUCUACAGGCCCAGGCCUCACAUGGUCCGUGGUAGAGGCUGUAACGAGAGCUUCAGAGCUGCCAUAGACAAGUCAUAUGAUGGACCUGAAGAUAUGGCACAAGAUGGUCUUUCCGAUAAGAGCUCUCUUUCUGGUCAGGAAGCUCAGAACUAUGAAUCAAUAAUUCCGAUGAACCCUGAAUUAGAAGACACGGAAGGCAAGGCAAAGAAACACAAGAAAACCAAAGACAAACUGAAGAUAAAAGAAAAGAAUAAAAAAGUGAAUCCAAAGAGCAAACCGAAAGAAAAGGACAAGAAGGAGGAGGCUGAAGAUGCAGAAAGAAAAACAAAGAAAAAAAGUUUGGGUGCCAUGCUGAGGUUUGGCAAGAAAAAAGAGGACAAAGGUGCAAAAGGCGAUCAGAAGGGAAAUUCAAAGCAUGGCACUCUCAAAGAAGAAGACCUGGAAAAGAUGAAGGAGGAGCGGGAAAGGAUUGGUGCAAAGCAUCAGGAGCUACGGCAGAAGCAGGUGAGAACCCUGGCUGAGUAUUCCACUGGCCCUGUGGGACCACCUCCCGAUAUCGAUGACGACGAGACGGACCCAAACUACGCACGGGUGAACCACUUCCGCGAAAGGUAUCCAGCAGUCACUGCCUACAGACCAUCUUCUCCACCUCUUCCAGAGAGCUUUGGGUGCAGUAACCCUCCAGUGCCGGGGGAUAAAGACCACUUGGAAGGACUCUAUGCGAGGAUAAACAAGCCGCCUCAUCAGCAUGCUCCUGUUGAGAGUGACCGUCCAGCUGGGGGGACUGCAGACCGCAUCCAGAAGUUACGGAAGGAAUACCAUCAGGCAAGGCGGGAAGGCUUACCUUUCUACGAUGAAGAGGAAGGCAGAGGAAGACCAGCUGAUUACGAUCAACACUGGGUGUCUGGAAAAGGUCCAGAUGGGGCUUCACACCAUCUCCAGUUUGAAGGCAUAGAAAGACAAUAUGCCUCCUUACCCAGGCACGGACCUGUGGAACCAGUAGAGUACUUAACGGGAGGGCUACGAGUCACAUACAAAGAGAGAGAUCUUCCAUACUAUCAAGGAGGCCAGCCUGUCAUUCAUCCUUCCAAAGGGAACUAUGGUCACCCUCAAGAGGGCCCCAGAGCAGCAGAGUUAUGGUAUCCCCAGUAUUACCCACCACAACCAGUAGCCCAUCACAAAGGACCCCUCCGCCAGGAUGUGCCACCGUCACCCCCUCAGAGCCACAGAGGUCUGCCCUAUAACGAAAUGGGCCGAACGGGCCACCGUCGAGCCAGCCCUGAUCAAUACCCAUACAGGCAUCAAGAUCCCAGGCAGAAGGACCCCAUGACUGCGGCGGUAUAGCCGAAAGCCGAAUUCUCGUUGGUAUUGUACGAAAAGACUGACAUUUGCUGUAUUAGCUGCUCCUGCUGAGCUUGUCUGCCGAAGGAAGAAGACAACCCUUAACUCUGGCCGACAUACUCAGGAUAUGUUCCUAAGCACAUGGCAAGCUUGUUGGGGG